AUGGGAAGGUCAAGCACUCCAGAAAGAGGGCGUUCAGUUGUCAAGACUGGAGCUAUUGUCAUAGAUACUGGUACAGGGACAUGUAAAGCUGGAUUUGCAGGUCAGCAGACCCCCCAGUCAGUCAUUGGGACAUUAGUUGGACACCCUACAGAAAAAUCUAUGAGGACAAAAAGAGAUAGACCAGAUACAUUCUUUGGAGAUCAAGCUCGAUUGGAACCUGAUACUGACAUUAUUUUUCCAGUAAGGCACGGCAUAAUCAUAGACUGGGAAGCAGCUGAAGCACUGUGGAGGCACCUGUUCUACCAUGACCUCAAAGUUGCUCCAGAAGACCAUGCCCUUUUAAUGUCUGACCCCCCUCUCUGUCCAACUACGAACAGGGAAAAAUUGGUGGAGGUUGUCUUUGAAUCUCUCAAUUCUCCUGGAAUGUAUGUGGCAUAUCAGUCUGUACUAUCAGUGUAUGCUCAUGGGAAAAUUAGUGGGUUAGUGGUAGAUACAGGCCAUGCUAUGACACACACUGUACCAGUCCAUCAAGGAUACAAUUUGCCACAUGCUAUAGAAAGGAUGGACAUUGCUGGAGCCAAUAUGACAUCUUUUUUGAUGGAUCUCCUCAAAGAUAUGGGGCAUUACUUUGACGAAAGAAUGUUGGAUGUUAUUGAAGAUAUCAAACAAAAAUGCUGUUACGUUGCACUUGAUUUUGAGGGUGAGUGGAAUCGUCCAAAGAGAGAAUACAUGGUGGACUACCAGUUGCCAGAUGGCCAAGUAAUCACUUUGGGAAAGGAGAGAUUUCAAUGUCCAGAAAUGUUGUUCAGCCCUCCACAAAUGCCUGGACUUACGCUUGUAGGAAUCCAUGGCAUGGCACAAAAAAGCUUACGGAAGGUCCCCGAACAAUCCAGGAAGGAGAUGUAUGAAAACAUAAUAUUAUGUGGAGGUUCAUCACUGUUUGAAGGAUUUGAAAGGAGAUUUACUCAUGAUGUAAUGUCCAACUUGCACACAAAUACAAAAGUCAAAGUCGUGGCUGUUCCACUGAGGCACUAUUCCGUCUGGACAGGGGGUUCCAUACUUGCUUCCUUGAAAAAUUUUCAACCGUGUUGGAUCAGAAAGGAACAAUACCAUGAGAGUGGACCGUACAUUGUCCAUAGGAAGUGCUAUUGA